AUGUCGAACAUCAACCACCAAAAUCAGUCCUCGGAAUUGCUCAACCCGCACUACACUCCGCAGGGUCGACAUUCGAGGACCAACAGCGCUGAACCGCAUCCUCUAUCCAACACCCCCAAUGACUUCACGCGCCCGACCAACCGCGUGCGUUUUCGCUCGAUGAGCAACCAUGCGCCCGUUCCAGAGCGUCCCCCCCUCGCACGACUGGGUUCCGAUCAAUCCGUGCAGUCCUACCACUCCGUCGGCACCCUGGUCGCCGAAUCGGAGGGUACCCCCCGCAACCGAUCCCGCUCGCGGUCCCCGGGGCCGGCGGAGCCCUUUCGCAUUCGAGACACGUCCUACCGACCCGGGGACGAUGUGAUCACAUCGUUGGAAUCGGAGAAGCAAGUACCCGGCCGUGCCCCGUCCGGCCGGGAACGAUGGAAGGCGGCGGGCCAGAUGAUCCGGCAGAAGACCGUGCGCUUGGGGGAGCGGCUCGGUCGGCCACAUGACGAGGGCGAGGCCCUGGGCAUGUCGUUGUUGCCGGAGGACCUCGAGACAGGCACGCCGCGCCGAUUCGACUAUGAGGCCCAGAACGGCCCAGGGGACACGGACGACGAGAAGGAACCCGCCCCCAGCGCCGAGGCCCACCGCCUCGUGCGGACCAUCACCCAAGGCCACGCGCGCCGGCGGAAGCCAAGGUCCGCCUACACCCGGUCGGGGACCACGACCCCCGAGACGCCCAAACGUCCAGGCUCCUGGUACCACAACCGAUCGUUCAGCGGGAGCGGCGGCGUGCUGGGCCAGCUGCUGAAGCUCCAGGCCGCCCAGGCCGCGGAGGAAUCGCGCAGCGGCAGCAUGUCCGUAACCGAUUCGUCCGACAGCGAGUCGGGCGCGUCGUCGGGCGCCGCCACGCCCAAGAAGGAGAAGCUGAAGUGGUACAAGAAGCCCGCCCACCAGUCUACCGCCUCCCUCGUGGGCGCGUCCAUGAACCUGAGCACGGCGAGCCUACCGGCUGGCGCCGACGCCAUGCCUUUCACGCCGAAGAAGGGGCAGAAGAAGGCGCCCAGGAAGAAGACGCGGCUGGAGGACGAGAUCCGGGUGACGGUCCACAUCGCCGAGAUCCUGGCCCGCCAGCGGUACAUCAUGCAGCUCUGUCGCGCCCUGAUGCGCUACGGCGCCCCGACCCACCGGCUCGAGGAGUACAUGACCAUGACCGCGCGCGUCCUCUCCGUCGAGGGCCAGUUCCUCUACCUACCAGGCUGCAUGAUCAUGUCGUUUGACGACCCAGCCACCCGAACCGCCGAGGUCAAGCUGGUCCGCAUGGUCCAGGGGGUGGACCUCGGGCGCCUGGCGGAGACGCACAACGUGUAUAAGAAUGUCGUGCACGACCUGAUCGGUGUGGAGGAGGCCAUCCAGGAGCUGCAUCUAAUCAUGAAGAAGCCGCCGCGCUUCAACAAGUGGCUGAUGGUGCCGACUUACGGACUGGCCAGUGUGGCCGUGGGCCCGUUCGCCUUCGACGCGCGGCCGAUCGACAUGCCCAUGAUCUUCUUCCUCGGGUCGCUGGUCGGCUUCAUGCAGCACAUCCUCGCGCCCAUGUCAGUCCUGUACUCCAACGUCUUUGAGGUGUCGGCCGCGGUGCUGACCUCGUUCCUGGCCCGUGCCCUCGGGUCCAUCAAGGUGACCACCGACGGCGAGACGCACCGGCUGUUCUGCUUCUCGGCGCUGGCGCAAGCCCCGAUCGCGCUGAUCCUGCCGGGGUUCAUGGUGCUGUGCAGCAGCCUGGAACUGCAGUCGCACCAGAUGAUCGCGGGGUCGAUCCGCAUGGUCUACGCCAUCAUCUACUCGCUGUUCCUGGGCUACGGCAUCACAGUCGGCACGACCAUCUACGGCCUGCUGGACAGCGACCCCACGUCGGAGAAGACGUGCCGCAACAUGGACGUCUGGGGCAGCGAGUACAUCCAACACUUCAUCUUCGUUCCUGUAUACGUGGUCUUCCUGGCCAUCGUGAACCAGGGCCGGUGGAAGCAGGUGCCGGUGAUGAUGGCGAUCGCGCUCUCGGGUUACGUGACCAACUAUUUCAGCACCAAGAAACUGGGGAGCCGGUCGGAAGUAGCCAACACAGUGGGCGCCUUCACCAUCGGCAUCCUGGGCAAUUUGUACAGCCGACUGUGGCACGGCCACGCUGCCACCGCCAUCCUACCGGGCAUAUUCGUCCUGGUGCCGUCAGGCCUGGCCUCUAGCGACUCGCUAAUGGCAGGUAUCGACUACGCGAAUUUGGUGCGGAACAACAUCAAGGCGGACACUGGAUCGGCCGACUCGACGGCGCAGGACACGUCCAUUGCCAGUCUGGGUUUCGGGAUGAUUCAGGUUGCAAUCGGCAUCACGGUCGGGCUGUUCAUUUCAGCCCUGGUGGUCUAUCCAUUUGGCAAGCGUCGGAGCGGGUUGUUCAGUUUCUGA